CCAAAAUAGAAUCUGGCGCCGCUGCGCGGUUGAAUAAUAAGCUGGGUGGCCCUUUUGCGUGGAAUUUCUGCCCCGAUCCCGUCGUUUUAGAACAUUUUACGUGGCAUGUGCGAACGGAUCCGUGGUGUUGAAUAGAAAACCGAAAAACCCCGGGUCGACCGGUUACCUCGGCAACCGCAGCUGCGAGUGCGUGCAUCGUAGUACACCUCGCAUGAAAUGACCAAUUUAUCGCUCAAAAUACUGUCCCUCCGGAGUAAUGUGGCUACGGCGGCAUCGUUUAUCCGUAGUAUCCACCAUGAGCCUGCCCUCCAUCGCUCCUCAGGCGGACCACCGAAACUUUCGCCUUACGAUGUCAAUAACAUACUACGCGCCAACGAGCACACACAGGAGUUCUUCGGUGGGUCCGUAAAGUGCUACGAUUCUAACCAGCUUGCCUCGAACUCUCCGAUCGAGGAUUCGCGCAGUGAAGCGAGCUGUGCGCAUACGGCCGGGCUGCUGCUCGGUAUCUUCGAUGGACACGGUGGUCCAGCGUGUUCGCAGGUGAUAAGCAAACGGUUGAUGCGUUACAUUGCCGCAUCGCUAGUACCACCCGAUGAUUUGCGGCAACAUCUGCUCAACGGUGCUCAAAGCUAUUCUUUCCUCAACUGCCACAACGAUAAGCUCGAAUUUGUUACUGAAAUCAAAGAAUUGUACGAGAAAAGCUUCCUCCAGUUCGCGAAUGAACUCACAAACACCACACUUGCCGGCUUCCAGAUGCACCAAACGCUAGAGAACGCCUUCAUACGGCUGGAUCAGGAUUUGUCGCGGGAAGCAAUGGAAAUGCCCAGUUUGCGAACGAUGUCGGUAGCGAUGAGCGGUGCUGUGGCCCUUGUCGCGCACAUCGAUGGUCCCCAUCUGCACGUUGCUUCGGUCGGUGAUUGUUCGGCCGUGCUGGGCACGGUUACCGAUACUGGCCAGUGGGUUGCGAAGAAGCUCACCAACGAGCACAACUCGGACAAUGUCGGUGAGGUGCGUCGUUUGUUGAGCGAACAUCCGGCCACCGAACGGGAUACGGUCAUACGGGGCGAGCGAUUGCUCGGUCAGUUGGCCCCGUUGCGUGCGAUGGGCGAUUUCCGGUACAAGUGGAGCCGGGAGCAGCUCGAACAGCUGGUUGUGCCACAGUUUGGUGAGCAGGUGAUCGCCCCUUACUACCACACGCCACCCUACUUGAGCGCCUGCCCAGAAAUCACGCACCACAUUCUAACACCACGCGACAAGUUUCUCGUCAUAGCAAGCGAUGGACUGUGGGAUACAAUGAGUGCCAUGCAGACGGUACACCUUGUCGGGGAGCACAUGUACGGCAAGGCGUUCCUGCAACCGUUAACCCUACCAAAGCACGACAUCACGCUCGGUGAAAUUAGCCAGAUGCUGAGCACGCGGAAGGCGGGUUUACAGAAGAAACCGCUGGAUCGGAACGCCGCAACUCACCUGAUCAGGAAUGCACUCGGUGGUACGGAGUACGGUGUCGAGCAUUCGAAACUAUCGCACAUGCUGUCCCUUCCGCAGGAUAUUGUGAGACUGUUUCGAGACGAUAUUACCAUCACGGUCGUGUAUUUCGAUUCGGAGUAUCUACGGAAUUGUCCCACCUAAAUCACCGUCAGCAGCAACGGCAGCGUUUAUAGUGUUCAUCAUCUUAUCAGUGGUUUGCAUUUCUUACCCUUCAGCCCUUGCCUUGUGCUGUCAAUCGGAAGCGUGCAUACAUUCGAAUUUCUUGUUAUAUUUUACAAAAUGUUUGUUUGUUUUUUAUACUUAAGUCAAUAAGUGUCUUGGCGAUCGAACAAAAAUGUAGAUAUUAUUUAAAGAGCAUAACACAGACGCCUGGCCACCACAAAGAGUUAUAGUUAUACUAAUGUCGCGCGGUCUGAGGCCACCCGACCCCGGUGCUUACCAGGGGACUGCCAGAGUGGUGUGUGUUUGUGUAUACCUUUCAAUAAAUCGAACCGAGACGACCAA